AUGUUUGAUAAAAUUUUGAAUCGGCAAUUUGCUGCAAUAUUCAUCAUCUUGAUAAUAAAUUAUGAUGGAGCAAGUGAAAUUAGAAAUGACUUAAGUAAUUAUGGAAACCUGAUUAGCAUUCAACAAUGCGAUGAUGAUGGAAAACUUUUAAUGACUACCUCAACACCAAAAAACCCAUUCCUAUUAAGUGUUCUUUACCAAAAUGAAAGUGUGGUAUAUUACAAGGAUGCUGUAAAGCUUAUAAAUUUAAGCAUCUAUUCCAUUGAUAAUAUUAUGCCUUUAGUAAAUUUAAGCAUCUAUUCCAUUGAUAAGAUUAUUCCUUUAACAGAAAAUAAGUUGCUUUUGAUUUAUUACGAUCGAAAUGAUCCAAAAAAUAAUGUUACCAUGCUUGGACCAUUAUAG